UGUGGUUUUGUGUGUCGCGAUGGUCUGUGUUUAGAAGACGAUUCCGUUUGUAAUAAUAAUGAAGAAUGUUUCUUUGGUGAAGAUGAAUCGAUUUGUGCUACUCACUACCCGACAGAUUACCCGUCUCCUCCAGGGACAGAUUACCCAUCAGUUGAAUGUGAACCAUCGUUUAUACGCAUGAACACUUCUGGUCAAUCACAAUCGUUUUCCUCUCCAAAUUACCCGAACAAUUACUACAAUAACUUAAAUUGUAGAUGGACAAUACAUGUUACAGAGGAUCUGGCGAUACUGCUCGAUUUCAAUGACUUUCAACUUGAAGAUGGAUAUGAUUAUUUGAAUAUAAGUUCUGAAAGCAUAAAUGAUAUCAGUUUUACGGGCGUAAAAUUCCACUCCGUAUAUUCUGAGAGUAACGAAUUGUGGGUCGUAUUGGUAACAGAUGAAAUUGUACCCGACAGAGGCUUCAAUGCAACUGUGAAAGCUGUUAAUCGACACUGUAAUGGGACUAGAUGCCUGACUGGCGUGUGCCUAAGUAAUGAGGUUGGUUGUGACCAAGUUAACAAUUGUGGUGACUGGUCGGAUGAGUUGGGUUGCUACAAUUCAUCUGUUUCUGUAUGUGGAAUGCAACAAAUUCAAGUAAGCAGUUCCCGUAUUGUUGGUGGUGAAGAUUCAUAUCCAGGAGAAUGGCCGUGGAUGCUUUCGUGUCAGAGCAAUGGUAGACACAUCUGUGGUGCAUCUUUAAUCAGCGAACAGUGGGCCAUAACUGCUGCUCACUGCGUUGGUGAAUUCAAUGAUAUUACUGCAGGAAUAACAACUUUGGAUGAUAAUUCUGUGUUUCGUGAAAGUGUCCUUAUUGCUGAGACUUUUAUCCAUCCAGAGUAUGAUGCCUUUAGUAAUGAUAAUGAUAUUGCAUUACUUAGACUCGAUUCACCAGUACAAUUUAAUCAAUUUGUUCAGCCAAUUUGUUAUGAAAGUUUAGAGUAUCUACCAGGUACAUCGUGUUAUAUAGCAGGAUGGGGACUCUUGGCGGAAUAUGGUUCCUAUCCAAACACACUGCAAGAUACAAGUGUUCUACUACUGAGUAUCGAAGAAUGCCGCAGUCUUCUGAUCAAUACCGUAACUGACAAUAUGAUUUGUGCUGGAUAUGCUGCUGGCGGUCAAGACUCGUGUCAAGGUGAUAGUGGUGGUCCUUUGAUGUGCAGAUCAGAUGAUGGUACCUGGAACCUUGUUGGUAUCACAAGUUGGGGAGAAGGAUGCGCUCGACCAAAUAAACCUGGAGUAUACACUAAAGUGUCUGAAUAUGCUGAAUUCAUUCAGCAGACGAUCAAUAACACGGAGUUAGGUUCAGGAUUUUCGUCAGAAUGCCAGUCAAUUACGACGUUAGAAUCAGAAGAACAUCAGAUGGUAGAAUCUGUGAACUACCCAGGUGGCUAUGAGAACAAUUUGAACUGCUCCUGGGUGUUUAUUGCGCCAGAGAAUCAUUAUGUAGUGCUAUCAUUAUACGAUGUUGACAUUGAGGGUGGAUAUGACAACCUUAUAGUUGGUAGUGGAGAAAACAACAUCAUAGCAGAAAUAACAGGUUCAAGAAACCCUGGUAGUUUCCAAUCAAUGGAUAAUGUGAUGUGGUUACUAUUCAUAACCGAUGAAAUUGUAGCAUAUAGUGGAUUUACCGGAAGUGUGAAAGCAGUACCAGAGAAUGAUGACUGUGGAUUCGUAUGCGGUGAUGGUUUGUGUUUAGAAGAAGUGUUUUGUAAUGGAAUAGACGAUUGUUCAAAUGCUGAAGAUGAAAAUGAUUGCUACGAUGACUACUACUCGACCACUCCUUAUUCACAAGUUGAAUGUAAACCGUCGGUUAUAUACUUGAAUACAUCUGGCCAAUCACAAUCGUUUUCCUCUCCAAAUUACCCGAACAAUUACUACAAUUACUUAUAUUGUACAUGGACCAUACAUGUCCCAGAGGAUCUGGCAAUACAACUCAAUUUCAAUGACUUCAGCCUUGAAAAUGGAUAUGAUUAUGUGAGGAUAAGUUCUGAAAGCAUAAAUAAUAUCAGUUUUACGGGAGUAAACUUUCACUCUGUAUUGUCCGAGAGCAACAAAUUGUUGGUAGUAAUGGAUACAGAUGGAAGUGUAACCUACAGAGGCUUCAAUGCAACUGUGAAAGCAGUUAAUCUAAGUGAAAUUUUUGUGUGUGAUAAUUUUGAAUUUGUACUAUUGGAACAAGUGUGUGAUGAAAUCAUUGAUUGUGCUGACUUCAGUGACGAGCUACAGUCUUGCCCUUGUAGUGACGACAGUUUUCAGUGUGCGAAAGGUGUCUGUAUUGCCGCUGCAAAACGAUGUGAUCGAGAAAAUAACUGUCUCGAUUGGUCAGAUGAACAAGGCUGCUGGAAUGUUACUUCUGAAGAAUGUGGAUCACAACCUUUCUUACCUGCUGAAGAUAGGAUUGUUGGAGGUGAAGAUGUACCACCAGGAAAAUGGCCAUGGAUUGGUUCAAUCACAGCUUAUGGAUCUCAUUAUUGUGGUGCUGCCUUGAUUGAUCGCGAAUGGGCAUUGACAGCUGCUCAUUGUCUUGGUGGAAUAGAUUACAUCAGAUUCGGCACCACAGAUCUUGAGUUUCAUUCUUCAGUCUUUUAUGAGGAGGUUGGCGUAGCUCAGGAGCUUCCCCAUCCAAACUAUGAUGAUUAUACGUUAGCGAAUGACAUCGCCCUUCUGAGGCUAGAAAGACCAGUCAAUUACAGUGCAUUUAUACAGCCUAUAUGCUUUGGUGAAGAUUUUGCAGUCGGUACUGAAUGUGUGAGUGCUGGUUGGGGUCGACUCUAUGAAUACGGGCCAAUUCCAAAUACAAUGCAAGAAAUUACAGUCCCAAUAAUCAGCCAAGAAGAAUGCAGAAAUGUUUCUCAACUUUCUCAAAUAAUCACAAAUUCUACCAUUUGCACUGGAGGAUUUGAGGAUGAAAAAGGAGCAUGCAGGGGUGAUAGUGGUGGGCCUCUGAUGUGUAAACGUGAUGGUAUAUGGUUCGUUGCUGGUAUUACUAGUUUCACUAAAAACCCGUGUGCUUCUGACAUCGGUGGUUAUACAAGAGUAUCCAGCUACACCGAACUAAUAAAUGAAAUACUGAGUGGCGUUGAAUGUGAUCAUAUCUGCAUCAAUGGUGGUUGUAUUUCAAGAAACUUGACAUGCAAUGGCAUAGAAGAUUGUCAGCUAGGUGACGAUGAAUGGGACUGUCCAGCAUGUUGGCCGGUAUUUGAACGUUUGUCAUCAGGGGAACAUCGGAUGAUUCAGUCUGUGAACUACCCACUUAACUAUGAGAAUAACUUAAACUGCUAUUGGGAGUUUACUGCACCAGAGAACCAUAGCCUGAUAUUAACGUUUUAUGAUGUUGAACUAGAGAGUGGAUGGGACUACCUUUAUAUUCAAAAUGGGGACGGUCAUGUUUUAGAAACAGUAACUGGUUCUGACAACCCUAUUAGUGUUAUAUCGACUGAUAACGUGAUGCGGCUGAAUUUUAUAACUGAUGGAAGUGUGACUCGUAGGGGCUUCAGUGCAAAUCUAAAAGCUGUCAACGAAUCUGAUCCUUGUGGAUUUGUGUGUCGCGAUGGUCUAUGUUUAGACAACAUUUUCGUUUGUAAUAAUGUUGAAGAAUGUUCUUUUGGUGAAGAUGAGUUGAAUUGUUUUCCUGUUUUUACGACAUAUCAGCCGCCAGUUGCAUGUGAACCAUCGUUUAUACACCUGAACACUUCUGGCCAAUCACAAUCAUUUUCCUCUCCAAAUUACCCGAACAAUUACUACAAUAACUUAUAUUGUCAAUGGACAAUAUAUGUCCCAGAGGAUCUGGCGAUACACCUUCAGUUCAAUGACUUCAGCCUUGAAUAUGGAUUUGAUUAUUUGAGGAUAAGUUCUGAAAGCAUAAGUACUACCAGUUUUACGGGAGCAAACUUCCACUCUGUAUUGUCUGAGAGCAACGAAUUGUUGGUAGUAAUGUAUACAGAUGGAAGUGUAACCUACAGAGGCUUCAAUGCAAUUGUGAAAGCAGUUAAUCUAAGUGAAAUUUUUGUAUGUGAUGAUUUUGAAUUUGUAUUAUUGGAACAAGUGUGUGAUGAAAUCAUUGAUUGUGCUGACUUUAGUGACGAGUUACAAUCUUGCCCUUGUAGUGACGACAGUUUUCAGUGUGCGAAUGGUGUCUGUAUUGCCGCUGCAAAACGAUGUGACCGAGAAAAUAACUGUCUCGAUUGGUUAGAUGAACAAGGCUGCUGGAAUGUUACUUCUGAAGAAUGUGGAUCACAACCUUUCUUACCUGCUGAAGAUAGGAUUGUUGGAGGUGAAGAUGUACCACCAGGGAAAUGGCCGUGGAUUGGUUCAAUCACAGUAUAUGGAUCUCAUUAUUGUGGUGCUGCAUUGAUUGAUCGUGAAUGGGCGUUGACAGCUGCUCAUUGUCUUGGUAGAAGAAUAGACUACAUCAGAUUCGGCACCACAGAUCUUGAGUUCCAUCCUUCAGUCUUUUAUGAGGAGGUUGGUGUAGCUGAGGCGCUUCCCCAUCCAGACUAUGAUGAUUAUACGUUAGCGAAUGACAUUGCCCUUCUGAGGCUAGAAAGACCAGUCAGUUACAGUGCAUUUAUACAGCCUAUUUGCUUUGGUGAAGAUUUUGCAGUCGGUACUGAAUGUGUGAGUGCUGGUUGGGGUCAACUGUAUGAAUACGGACCAAUUCCAAAUACAAUGCAAGAAAUUACAGUCCCGAUAAUCAGCCAAGAAGAAUGCAGAAAUGUUUCUCAACUUGAAAUAAUGACAAACUCUACUAUUUGCACUGGAGGAUUUGAGGAUGAAAAAGGAAUAUGCAGGGGUGAUAGUGGUGGGCCUCUGAUGUGUAAACGUGAUGGUAUAUGGUUUGUUGCUGGUGUUGCUAGUUUCACUAAAAACCCGUGUGCUUCUGAUGUUGGUGGUUAUACAAGAGUAUCCAGCUACACCGAACUAAUAAAUGAUAUACUUAGUGGAAAAAUUUUUGUAUGUGGUGAUUUUGAGUUUGUACUAUUGGAACAAGUGUGUGAUGGAAUCAUUGAUUGUGCUGACUUCAGUGACGAGCUACAGUCUUGCCCUUGUAGUGUGCGAAUGGUGUCUGUAUUGCCGCUGCAAAACGAUGUGACCGAGAAAAUAACUGUCUCGAUUGGUCAGAUGAACAAGGCUGCUGGAAUG